CUCUCCUGACGCAUCGGAAAUUUGCAACAAACAUUCGAAGGAAUUCGGUGUGCGAACAACCAUCUCGAUCAGCUUUUUCUUGUCUUUCCCUCCUGCUUCUUUCACUUCCUAACUUUGUACUUUGGAUUCCGAAAAAUCCUAAAAUUGCUUACUCGCCAUUUCCAAAUCGGUAAUGAAACGAUUUUUGCAAACGCGGAAUCGCAGACGAUAUAUAUAAAAGGUCUGUCAUGAUUCCGCAUGGUGCGUUCGAUUGUAAUGAAGACGUGAUCGGUCGAUCUUUCUAUAACUCUUCCAUACUAGAUUGGAGUGUGCUGCUUUUUGAAUCUUAUUAGAAUGUAAAUAUGACUUCCCGGCUUCGAUAGCUCCCUUAAUUGAAGAUAAAAUAAACAUUCGAAUGAAAAUCAUAUAGUUAUGAAGUGUGAAAUUAUCCUACCAUAUGUCAUCCUUCCCAUUAGCUUAUGCUAAGAGCGCGUUGAUUAAUAAUAUAUUUAUAUCCUUUUGAUACCGAAAGGCUAGUCAGUUUUCAAUUAUAUGUGAUAGAUUAAUAUUUUGAUCUAGUUAUCCUAAUUAAUUUGAAUUACUCAUUUUUUAAAAAAGAAAUAUUCAUAUUUGAUAUUUUAAAGUUUUUUAUUAGGUUUUAAGCAUUGCCUGUUUAAAAAUAGGAGCUUUGAAUACAUUUAGGAGCAUAUAAUUUAAAUCUAUUAUACUAAAGAGCUUUAUAAAAAUAUAUUCGAAUUCCAAUGGAAUAAAAAUCUGAUCACGAGCGUUUAAAAAAUCGAGCUUUCAUACGGAACCCGCUUUUAAUUUUAAGAAAUUCUAUUUCAUUACAUUGCUUCCGCCCAUAAUAAUAAUAAUAAUAAAUGUUUUAAAACUCCUUUAUACUAGAGUAAUCUAUUUGCGAUUUUGUUGGCGAAAUAAUUAAAUUUGUGCGGCACUUGGCAAACUAAAAAUGCAGUCUAUGGAUUGUGAAUCAGUAUCAGAAGAAGCCGGCAAGACAGGAUCGAAUAUCGACCUUAACAGCACCUUGAAGAGCAAUUUCUUUGGUUCAGGUAUGAUACAGACCAAGAAGGAGAGGUACCGAGAUUUAUUCUGGGAACAUAAACACACAACCUUGACUUUGUGUUUUGUUUUCUGGUCAUUUGGGACAUGCGUGGCCUUUCUUGGCCCUACUUUAUUGGAUCUUGGCUGUAAGACAGGUACAAUUUUCCCAACAAUGUCAUGGGUCUUUUUCAGUCAAUCUCUCUUCAUACUUCUAGGAUCAGCAUGUGCAGGUUUCAUGUUGAAAAAAUUUUCAAGAGAGGCGAUGCUAAUUGUGGGUACAUCUAUGAUGACCCUCACAAUGGCUUCGAUUCCUAUGUGCAAUGCACUUUGGGCAUUGGCUAUUGUUUUGGCUGUCAUGGGUUUCUUUAUGGGAACCAUUGACACCGUGGCAAAUGUAUCCAUGAUAUGCAUCUAUGGGAAAUAUGUAUCUCCUUUUCUACAGGCCAUUCAUUUCUUCUACGGGGUCGGGGCUUUUUUAAGCCCCAUGAUUGCUCAGCCCUUCUUACUCAAUGAGGACUGCAGUCCUUUCAUUUCGAAUGAAACUUACAUCUUAGAUGACACGAACGAGACCCUACCAGCUUCUACUCUGGAAGAAGCUCGCCAAAUGACGCACAUCGAUUAUGCCUUCUUCAUCAUGGCCUUAACCAUGGUACCUGUAGUCUUGCUUACAUUCACAUUGCUAGGCAGAAAGUACUGUCUGAGACUGUUGGGUGGAGCUCCACCAGACGCCGAAGAAAAGCAGAGUAAAGACUACGAAACUAUGGAAGAUGGUGACAGUCGCAGUGAUUCAGAUCGAGCUCCCAAGAGUAUAGCCCAAAUUAUCGUUGUGACUGCCCUUUCAGCUCUGCUCAUGUUUCUUUAUGAUGGACUUCAGGCAGCUUAUGGCGGUUAUAUUUAUUCUUAUGCUGUGAAAGGUCCAGUUAAAUUUCGCAAAUCAGAUGCAGCUUAUCUAAAUGCUUUGUUUUGGGGCAUGUUUGCCGCUGGACGACUCUUAUCCAUAGCUUUGGCAACUAGACUUUCACCUUCAUUCAUGUUAUUUUGUAAUAUAAUUGGUUGUACAUUUGGCUUACUACUGAUGUUGGCUUUAAGGUAUAACCACAUAAUGUUGAUUAUUGGGACAUGUUUAUUGGGAAUCUUCAUGAGUAGUGUAUUUCCUACAACGUUGUCACUUACAGAGCAAUAUAUACACGUCACACCUUCCACUACAAGUGUUCUAGUGUUUGGAGCAGCAUUAGGGGAGAUGUCAAUGCCAGUUAUUGUUGGUCAUGAAUUCGGUCGAGCCGGACCAACAAGUUUUCUUGUGAUAGGAAUGAUCUUAUGUUUCAUCUCUAUAAUUGCGUACAUGACACUGUGGUUAGUUGGACUAACACUUCUAAAACCAGACACCACACCGGGCAUAAUGGUCUUCUUCGCCAAAUAUAUGCCAAAAACUGUACAGAAAAUGGAAGGCGAAAACACAAGUCUGGUCAGUCAAAAUGUACAGUAUUAUUCUCGCAUGAACACAAGCGCUGCUCAAAGCCCUGAAGAUCAAGAAGGGACAAUCAAUUUUGUGAAAAAAGAAUGUGAAUCUUCUCACUGAUGAGGCUGACCAAUCAAGAAGUGUUUUAAACUCAGGUCUUGAUCUGCAAGUACCUUUUAAAUUAAUGUUUCAAGAAAUCGUGUUAAUUUAUAAACAGAAAAGAAAUAUUUACUUAUGUAUAUGUACAGACCAUCCAACAAUAAAAUCUGCUCUGUAAAUA